GGCUGGCAGCCUGGAUGAGAGUGUGCCCGGAUUACACCGCAGGCUCAGCAGUCUGCAGGAGUUUCAUUCAUAUGAAGACAUGAAUAUGCCGUGCAAGCUAAUGGAAUCUGCAUACGUCUGGGAUAUCCACAGUCAUGUUAAAGUAAAGCAAAAAGGCGCAGUGCUGAACAUGCUAAGGAGAUUGGACAGGAUAAGGUUCAGAGGUUCGAAGCGAGACGACUUUCCAGAUUUAGCAGAGUCUCCCAAUGCUUCCGAUACUGAAUGCGGGGAAGAAAUCCCACUGAAAGUACCUCGGACGUCAUCUGCCAGAGAUAAUGAAGAAUUAAAGGACCCUGCUGGCCCAGGGACCGUUGUCAUGGCUUCUGGAGUCUCGGAAUUUAAUCGAACAGAGUCUGACCGGCUAAAUGAGGUUAAAGGACAUCUGGAAAUCGCCUUACUGGAAAAACACUUCCUUCAGGAAGAACUCAGGAAGCUGCGAGAGGAGACAAACAUUGAAACGUUAAAACAGGAAUUGGAAAAAGAGCGGCAGAAACGGAUCGAACUGGAACACAAAGUUAAUGAAGCUGUAAAAACCAGGACAGAAGAAUCUAACACACAGCAACCUCCAAAGGCACAGUCACAGACUAAUGGAGCAGAUAAACCGCAAAGUCAAACGGUGUGCUCCAGAGUCCAGAAAUGGUUUUAUGACAAAUUUGGGGAGUAUAUUGAAGAUUUUCGGUUUCAGCCUGAAGAGAGCACGGUGGAAACGGAGGAGCCACUUAGUGCUAGAAGGUUAACUGAAAAUAUGAGAAGAUUAAAGAGAGGUGCCAAACCAGUAACAAAUUUUGUGAAAAACCUCUCUGCCUUAUCAGACUGGCAUUCUGUCUACACGUCUGCUAUUGCCUUUAUUAUUUACAUGAAUGCAGUGUGGCAUGGCUGGGCCAUCCCCAUGUUUUUAUUUUUAGCUAUUUUGAGGUUAUCCCUAAAUUACCUCAUAGCCAGAGGUUGGAGGAUACAGUGGAGCAUUGUGCCUCAAGUCUCAGAAACUAUAGAGCCUCCAAAAGAAGAACUGACGGUGUCUGAGAAGUUCCAGUUAGUUCUUGAUGUGGCGCAGAAAGCACAGAACCUGUUUGGCAAGAUGGCGGACAUACUGGAAAAAAUUAAAAAUUUGUUUAUGUGGGUCCAACCGGAAAUUACCCAAAAAUUGUAUGUUUGUCUGUGGGCAGCUUUUAUAGCGUCUUGCUUCUUUCCUUACAAACUGAUUGGACUUUGUAUAGGACUUUAUGCUGGCAUUAAGUUCUUUCUCAUUGACUUCGUCUUCAAACGUUGCCCAAGACUACGGCACAAAUAUGACACUCCGUAUAUCAUCUGGGCGAACCUGCUGACUGACCCACAGCUUAAAGAAAGGACGAAUGCUACAGUUUCUAGGAGGGUUUCCAGGACUUCAUGCAUCAAUCCUCUGUCAGGGCAUGAAAAGGUUCAAACCGUCUCCUCCAGGAGUAACGUGUCCAGUGGGGCCCCGCAAAGCGUGAGCCGAGAUGAUGAGGGGGGACGUUUCCACAAUACAAAAAAGAACAGUUUUCACGAGGUGUUCAAUAUAGCUGAAACAGAGCGCCCACUCUCAGCAUGCGACAAUGGCUGGCGUUGCUGUCUGAUUAACCGCGACAGAAAGAUGCCGACAGACUACAUAAGGAAUGGGAUUCUUUAUGUUACUGAAAACUAUUUAUGCUUUGAAAGUUCAAAAUCUGGUUCUUCUAAGAGGAAUAAAGUGAUAAAAUUAACAGAGAUAACGGACAUUCAAAAGUAUAAAGUUCUUUCUGUACUGCCAGGUUCUGGAAUGGGUAUUUCGGUGUCAACACCUUCUACGCAAAAGCCACUAAUAUUUGGUGCCAUGGUACACAGGGAUGAAGCUUUUGAAACCAUCUUUAACCAGUACACAAAAAUAUCAACCGCAGUAACAAGCAGCGACACCUAGGACAUUGCUUCACUCUUCAUCCUGGCUUUACAAGAUUUUUUUUUUGCCUUCCUUCUCUUGCUGUUUUGCAAUAAUUUUUCUGAAACGAAGGUCCUAUGUUUCUGUUACAGAAAAUGACUGUAUUUUCAUGUUUUACGUUUGUAUUGAGAUUUCUUUUAAGUGCCGACCCUUCGCUCUCUAUUUGUCUUCAUAAACACAGCUGUCCUCUCUGGUAGGUAGAUAAAUAUAUAUAAAAUAAUUUAUCUGUGGCGACCUACAGCCCCAAGAUUCCUUGCUGACCCGCAGACAUCAUGCAAACCAGAGCAUUAGAACAAAUGCCUGAACUGUGCCAGGGUUCCCUCAAACGAUCAACAAAUAAAUGGCAACAAGGAAGCGUUGCUACUAAGUUAAAGAAAACAAACGUGGAUUUGUGAUUUACUAAUCACAAUGUAAAAUAUUUUUAGUAAGACAUAAUAUUAAUCAAAGAAAACCGAAUUCCAUAUGAAAGUUACUGAAAACCAAUGUAUUCUGUUACAGAUUCUAUAUGUUUCAAAAUGUCGAAAUCAGUCUUGCUUUAACUCUUUGGUAGAGAAUACUUUAAAACCGCAGUGAUCACAGUGUUAAAAUUAUAACUUGUACUGAAAUAUAGCACAGUGCAAAUAGGCAUAUCUGUGCUGAAAAAUCAAUGACCUUGCUAUAAUUUGGGGUUAAACCCAUUGAAGAAUUAAUUAGUUCAUGUUUAGCAAUCAGCCACAAGUCUAAGAAAUCACUAUUGAAGCUGCUUAUUUAAUUGUAAAUAACAGUCCUGAAGUUUAAUUUAAGGAACUCUCUGAGGUUCAAUUUGACAAGUAAAGUGGACAUUAUACCAUUGA